AUGGUGCUACGGAAUCUGUGGGAUCCUGCCAACUGUGCACCCACAGUGCUCCAGGCUGAGUUCUGGGGUUGGGACAGGGGAGACAAACGGCCCAGAUCUGCCCUCCACACCAGACACCCCACUGAGGAGGCUAGCGGCCACCAAAUUGAAGAGCUGACGUCACCGUUGCCAGCUUUUGACAGAUCCGACCCCACCGAAGCAAAUACAGCAACAGAACAUAGAGAGAGGGCCGGCGGGGGCGGGACAGCACGCGCCUGCGCAAAGGGCCGGCUGGGCUGCGGCGCAUGCGAGCAUGGUUUGGCUAAGUUGCUGAGGCUGGUCUCAAACUUGGAAUCCUCCUGCCUCAGCUCCCAAGGUACUACAGACCCGCAAGAUGGAGACAGAAUCGGGAUUGAUGGGAUUCAGCAAUUCUGUGACGAUCUAAGGCUGGACCCCACCAGCAUCAGUGUUCUGGUCAUAGCAUGGAAGUUCAGGGCUGCCACUCAGUGCGAAUUCAGCAGGAAGGAGUUCAUGGACGGCAUGACCGAGCUGGGGUGUGACAGCACCGAGAAGCUCAGAACCCUUCUGCCCAGCCUAGAGCAAGAGCUGCAGGACUCCGUGAAGUUCAAGGACUUCUACCAGUUUACCUUCACCUUUGCUAAGAACCCUGGGCAAAAGGGCCUAGAUUUAGAAAUGGCUGUUGCAUAUUGGAACUUAGUGUUAUCGGGAAGGUUUAAAUUUUUAGAUCUUUGGAACACAUUUCUGCUGGAACAUCACAAAAGAUCAAUUCCACGGGACACUUGGAACCUUCUGCUAGAUUUUGGAAACAUGAUUGCAGAUGAUAUGUCUAACUACGAUGAAGAAGGAGCGUGGCCUGUCCUCAUCGAUGACUUUGUGGAGUAUGCACGGCCAGUGCUCACGGGUGGAAAACACAGCUGAAGGUGGAGCAGGUCUGGAGCCAGCCCACAUCCUGCAGGGCACACCGGGUGGUGCUGUGUGCUUGGCUACCAGUCUCAGCCACUGUCCUUGCCAUCCCAAAGCUGGAAUGCAUCCUCCUGCUCAGAGCCACGAUGUCUGGGGCAGGCUCCGUGGGGC